CCUAUGUCUAAAUUCUAAACCAAAGAUAAACUUGUCGGAAAAUGAGUAAUGAACUACCAAUAGUAGAGAACAAAUCAAAAAUUAAAAACAAGAAAAUGAUUGAAUUGAAGUUCCGUACAUUCGAAAUAACCUAAGAUGGCGUCAAUCGUUCGAUUACGAAUAUUUUGACUAAGUAAUGAUUUAUUUGAAAAAUUCAUAAACAGAUGAAAGCCUGAGAAAAAUAAGUCAACUCCAUAAAUGCUGCACCAUGUCCUCGGCAAAUUUUUCAGAAGCUCCUACUAUAAAACUGGAGGAAAGUACUGAAGAUGUUACAGAAAUUCAGUCAUAUUUAGCAGGCUUUCAAAAGGAAAUUGGUGAUGCUGCAGUACAACAAAGCUCAGCUCCAGACGAUGAAGACAUAGAUCUUUGAAAGCUCGAGUUUAAGUUAUAAGAG